CGUCCAAUUUUUAUCAGACGAACGAGAUAGCCCCUAAUCUAACCCACACCCACCUACUAUAAAUGACAGUGCAAUCAUCGGACCAUUCCCUAAUUUCUAUUGAUCCUCCUAGCCGCCGCCGCUCCUCCUGUCUCUUCUUCCAUGGGAUCCACCCCGCAUCCACCUUGAUUUCCCUAAUCCUCCAACCAGCGAGCUCCUCUAGAUCCUCCUCUUUUCCCCGCUCACCUCUCUCUGUUGCCUCUUCUUUUGAUCCAUCGCCGUGCCUUCGUCUCCUUCGAACAGUAGCAGCCCCCACGUGACUGUGAUCCCCUCUACCUUGCCUGAGCUCGCCGGGGAGCGGAUCACCACGGCGCCUGAUCUCCUGCGCCUCCCCUCGUCGAGAGCCUCUUCCCGAGCCCCACCUGCCUCGUCCUCAUGCCCGAGACCCCAGCCGAACCGAGCUCCUCUUCCAACCAGAACGAGCGCCACCGCCGCCGUUUGGAGCGCCGCCGUGCCAGAGAUGAGUGCCUCGCGCCCAUCUCUUCUCCCUCCUUCCAUUCUUCUCCCCUCCCUCACAUCUCUCUCCCUCUGUCUGCUCGUACAAGGAGCUCCGACGCCUCGAAGCUGCAGCACCGCCGUCGAGUCGCCAUGGCCUCGAACUCUUGUCGUCCCGUCCACGCCUUGCCGGAGAGGCUCCGCCUUCACCAAGUCCCGCUUCCGCCUGGCCCUGCUACCGCUGCUGCUUCGCUGGAGAGUUCCGCCGCGCCAAAUUCCCCUGCUUCCCCUUCGAACCUCACUGCCGAAGCCUAAAGAUCCUGCUGCCAAGCCCUCCUGUAGCGCCAUGGUCUCGUUGAGUUCUGCCCGCGUCCGUGCCUCAAGCUGCCACAGCUCGCUCCAGAUCCGGCCGGCCUCCGCCAGGUUGCCCGUUCCUAUCCGGAUCCCGCGACCCAUGGACUCGCAGCUCCGCCGGCCCCUUCGGCAGAGUCCCCAUUGUCGGCCCCUGCUUCCGCUGCAUCAGGAAGCUGCAGUUCGAGCAGAGAAGGGCGACGCCUGCUACCCCGUGCCGCUUGUCCGCAUCCAGCGUGGAACCGCUCCACGUCGACCGAGCGAGCCUCCUCAAGGCCCAGCACGCACGCGUGAGGCUAGCGCCUCCUCAAGGCCCAGCGCACCCCUAUCCUCUUCGUUGUGGGCCUCAGCCCAGGUUCCGAUAAUGUCGCGUUUGUGAGGAUUCGUUCGACUACGUCUGUUUGUCUUCUUCAUGGACUCGUUCUUCUUCCUUGCGGGAUCUCAG